AUAAAAGCGAAAAAGAGGUGAAAAGUGUUGGAAAACUAGUGCGAGUUUGGCGAAUUUUGCUGUUUUUGGGGGAAACGCAGAGAUUUUCACGCAUUAACAUUGUGCUGCGAGGAACUCUAGCUCAUUGAUAUUGUGCAGAAAGUGUUUCUCGGUGCUUUAGCAUGAUGCUUUAGACACCAUUUUGGGAAAAUACCCAUGUUUGACGUUUCGGCGAGUUCUCGAAGGUGCAAACAGAUGAAAAACAGUUUUAUUCUUCGUGACAAAUAAUUCCUCGCCAAUAUAUCAGUAUAAUGUAGUUGUGUUCAUGCUAGUGGCUAGCAGUAUUUGGUAAAAGUAGCGCAGAGUGAUUGAGUUUGGGGGAAACUGAGGCGUCAAGUCUGUGGACGAGGAGAAACAAUGGCGUCCACACAAACAGAGCCAGCCAACAGUUCCAGUCUCGAGAGCCCAUGUGUAGGGCCUCUGGAGGGGACUGCGGGGGCCCCCGAGGUGCCUCAGCCCAUCGAGAAGAUGGACGUGGACACGGUGAGGGAGGCGAAGCGGGCGGAAAACGAGGGUGCUGCAGAUGUGCGGGAGAUUGUGAGUGGAGAAAAUGGGGAGGGCAGUGAUUCUCAGGCCCGGACAAAUCCAAGUGCCGGCGAAGAGGGCGUCUGUACGACAGAGACGCAAAAUGAUUUUACCAUGGAGGCUCACCAGAAGAAGAAGAAGUGCAAAAAACGUGAGAAGGAGAAGGAGAAAGAGCGUGAAAAGGAGGAAAAUUUGCGUCGUCACUCGUCAGACUCACGAACGAGCCAAGAGAGUGAGAAAUCCAGUGAUAACAGUUCCUCGCCGUCAAUUAAUAGCGCCAAGGAGCCGACUAAGGAGGUUAUCAAGCCCAAAUCCACCAAGAAAUCCGGUGAAAGUGCCUCAGAGGAAGAGCGUGUGGAUGCCAAGGAGAAGACGGAGUCUCAGUCUGAUCCACCGCCUGUUGAUGAGGCGGUGUCGGAGAAGAAAGUAUUCCCAGCGACUAUGACUUUCGGCAGUGUGGAGAGAAAGGCGCAGGAAACACCGUCGAGGCAGGAUGUAUUCAUCAAGAAGGAUUAUCUACCGAAUCCGGCAAAUCUGGUGAAGGUUGAGAAGACCCGCGAGGACGUAUCGAGAGUGUUGGUGUUUGACACUGAGGAGGGCAGUUCGGUGGCUCCCGUGAAGGAGGAGAAAGUGGAGAAGAAGGAGUCCGUGGAGGUGAAGCCGGAAGCGCCGGUGACGAAUGGUGAUACAGCCGUGAAUGGUGUGGAGAAGGAGGCUGAGAUUGCGGUGUCGUCGAGCAGGAGUCGCGAUGAGACGUCCUCCAGGAAUCACAACAGCAGCAGCAGCAGCAGCAGCAGCAGUCAUCGACACCACCACAAGUCCUCCUCGUCGUCCUCGCACAAGAGCAGCCGCAGUGACUGCUCCAAGUGUUACCGUCGCUCGAAGGUGAAGAAGGUGAAUGUGGGCAUUCAGUGUCGAGCGCACAAGACAGAAAGCGGCACGGACACGACGCCAACCAGGAUCUCAACGACGAAUCGUGAUGCGAACUGCAAUCGCAGCGAGUACGCCCAUCUGAAGUACGGCAAGUUCUUUCGCAGAGAGAUUCAUCCCAAUGGCGGCGCUUCCGUGGUGCACAUGUAUCAGGAUGAGAUUGAUCAUCUGUCGCCCACGAAGAUGACAGAGCUUGUGGAUGAGUUCUUCUCGGUGGUCUUCGCUGAGGAUGACAAUGGCUUCGCUCACAAUGUCAUGGGCAUUGUUCACGAUGCAUCGGCAUACUUGCCGGACUUGCUGGAGCACAUGGCGGAGAAUUAUGCGUCGCUGACGGUGAAGGCGGGCGUGUUGGGGCGCAAUUCGGACAUUGAAACCUCCACGAUGCUUCAAUACCACGAGCAGGUGGUGAAGAACUAUUCGCAAGGGACUUUUCGCUACGGACCUCUGCAUCAGAUCAGCCUUGUGGGUAAAGUGCACGAGGAAGUGGGAGGAUAUUUUCCAGAUUUGCUGAGCCGACUCGAGAAGAAUCCUUUCCUGAAGAAGGCAAUGCCUUGGGGUGAAUUGUCAAUUGUGAGGAUGGAUCCUCGUCUGUCCAAUGACGGUCCGAUUUUGUGGAUUCGCCCAGGAGAACAAUUGAUUCCAACUGCAGAGAUCAACAAGACGCCACUGAAAAGACAAAGGACUCGAAUAAAUGAGCUGCGAAAUCUACAGUAUCUGCCGCGAUUGUCUGAAGCGCGUGAGGUGAUGUUUGAGGAUCGCACGAAGGCACACGCUGAUCACGUGGGUCACGGGCACGAUCGCAUGACGACGGCAGCCGUUGGGGUGCUAAAGGCGAUUCACUGUGGCAACAUGGAGAAGCAGAAUCGCAUCACGAAGGACGUUGUGGCGUUCUCGGCGCAGGAUUUCCCGCAUUUGGUGGAGAAAUUGCAAUUGGAUCUGCACGAGCCGCCCAUUUCACAGUGUGUCCAGUGGGUGGAGGACGCGAAACUCAACCAGCUGAGACGCGAUGGCAUCCGCUAUGCACGAAUACAGCUAUAUGAUAAUGACAUCUACUUCCUGCCCAGGAAUAUAAUCCAUCAAUUCAGGACUGUUACGGCCGUCACGAGUAUUGCUUGGCACUUGAGAUUGCAACAAUACUACCCGGAUACUGAGGUGCAGAAUGAGCAGAACAAUGGGGAGCUUGUGGAGCCGCCCCAAUACAAAGAGAGGCAAACGAUUCUGCCACAUCCGAUUCCUCUGGAUGUGGAGAUGCGCAAAUAUACGACGCCGGUGAAGAGAUCUCAUGAUGGGAAGCCGAAGAAGAGUGAGAAGAAGGAUCUCGAGAGACGCCGCAGUGACACAGAGGGAUCGGCUUCGAAGUCGGCGUCCAAGAAGACGGACGAGGCGAAGAUUGACAUGCGGAAGUUGGUGAUUGAGGCUGAGAGUGGUGAGAAGCACAAGCGCAAGAGUGGUACGAGUCACAAGCAUCAUCACAGUGGGAAGGAGAAGCACAGGAGUGAGCAUCGACACCACGGAUCGGAGAAGUCUUCAUCAUCGUCGUCCAGUUCGAAGCACAAGUCCAGCCACAGCAGCAAGUCUGAGAGAUCGUCCAGCCGACCGGAAACCUCCACGGCGGCCGUGUCAACGGACAGGAGGACGUCCAAUGAGUCGCGCGAGAGCAAGAGCUCGGCACUGUCCAGUGAUGCUGAUACUCAGACGAAUGAAUCAGCCACGCAGACGGUCACAACUCCCCAGCCACCCGCUCAGCCGCCGCCUCCGCUCACGGAACAGCCUCCGCCGCCUCCUUUGCCCCCGCUUCCGCCGCCCCCGCCUCCCCAAGAGGACUGCACACCUCCCGAAGAGCCUCCCGUUGCGGCCUCGUCCAAGCCCACCACGCCGGCGACGAAGGCGAAGAAGCCGCUCCCCGUGACGCCGCCGGAUCUGCUGACGUCCAUCAUGGCGAGUAUGGACUCGACGCCAGGCGGACGCAGCGGCGGCGCUUUCUGAUGCAAUCAACUUUCCUAAUCCACCCCGCGAGCAAUUAGAUGGACAAGUGGCUGGUUGGCACACACAGAACUAUAUAUAAUGUUGAGUACACAAAAAUAUGUUGCUAAUAAACCUUACAAAGAGAGCCGAAGGAGGAUUAAAGAGUAAGAGAA